AUGCGCGAGCGCACUCCGAGAGGGCUCAAUCGAUUGCCCGCCCACUCUUUCAGCCUCCGCAUCGCGCCCAUCGCCGCCGCUCUGCUCGUGGCUUCCAUCUACCGGCAAUAUUGCAAUACAUCGCCGGUAGUUGGAAGGCUGCCCGCUGGCCGAUGGCCGUGUCCGUCGGCUCCUGUCCCAUACGACCACGGGCAGGUCACCAUCUCCUCGGCCGGCGCUGCGGUGCUUGAGAGAGCGGCUCGUUUCUUUGCGUCCGACCAGCAGACGGGCGCGACAAAGUUCUGCUGCUGCAACGACGGGAAGGCGCAUGCCCUCGCCCCCGCCGGAGCGACCUGCAUCGACGUCUGCGAGCAGGCGCGCGGGAUGCGUAAGACGAACAUCGAGAGCUACUACGGCGGCAGGUCGCGGCUCGACCCGGUCUGCCAGGUGAGUUUGCGCAGCGAAUGCCCAGCCUAUGAAACGCUGCCGUGCGAGCAUCGGUAUCGGCGCGAGUAUCCGAUCCGGUGGGUGGUGACGGCGAGGGUCGUGGGCAGCGCCGGCGUGCACGAGACGACGGUGUGGUGUUACGAGCGGAGCUACGUCAUGUUUGAGCACGUGUGGAACCGGACGGAGUGCGACAUGCAGGACGCCGACUCUGAACAGACGAUGGAGAUGUGCAUCGACGGGGGAGACGGCCCGCGAUGGUACUUUACGUCGGUCAACAUGCAGGAGCGUCUGGCGGCGUGUUGUCUGCCGUCGCGCGAGUCGUGGUCGGGGAUGCCGUGCCUAGACGAGUGCGAGGCCAGGGUCGUCUCGCGCUCGACGGCACCAGGCGGGGCCGGGCCGAGCUGCUGGCUGCUGCUGCUUCACCCAGCGGGCCGGAUGAUCGGCAUCGCCAUCGGGCUACGAGCAAGCCCUGACCCUGUGGGGGGGGGGGGCACAGGGCGUGUAGCACAGCCCAUCGACCGCCGCCGCUGCAUGCUGGCCGCCACAUCUACAGUGUCCGCCUCGACGGACGGCAGCGAGGCCAUCAUCACCGACGACGAGCUGGCCGCGUGCAUCGGUGUGCUCCGGCGGCUGUGCACCGCCGCUGAGGGAGAUGCCGCUGCCAAGCCGUCCGAGGCCUUCUACACGCCUCGACUCAAGCCAUUGCGGCUGGCGCUACUGCCUCUCAUCGAGGACUUUCGGUCGACGACGGGCGCGAGCAGGAUCGACAAGAUACGAGCAGGCAAGGAGAAGCAGCGCGAGCGCCACCGGCGUGAGCAGCAGCAAAAGGCACUCGAUCGGGCCGCAACAGACAAGACGCGGAUGCGCCGCGAGCGGCUCGAGAUGCUCGGCGCGCUGGAGUCGGCCGAUGCCCCGCGCGUGCCCGACGGCGCCGUCGGGAUGGUGGAUGGGCUGCUCCUCGAGCACCGCCAGACCGGCGGCGACAGCACAGCGCCGCUCGCGCUGCCACCGCCAGGCGAGGCGAGCGGAAGCGGCGAGCCAGAGGCGCGCCUCCGCGAGGCGGGCGCGGAAGAGGCGACCGAAGAGGGUGCAUCCGACCGAGGAUCGACCGAGGCGGGCCUCCUCGCGCGCGGCCGCGGCGAGGCGGACGGGGAGGGCGAGCUGCUCCAUCUCCGCGCGUGCUACAUCUGCAAAGUGCGGUACCGGCGGCUGCACCACCUGUACGGCUCCCUCUGCCCCGGCUGCGCGGCGCUCAACGAGGCGAAGCGGCUGCAGACCGCCGACCUGCGAGGCCGCGUCGUGCUGCUCACUGGCGCGCGCGUCAAGAUUGGCUUUCAGGCGGCGCUCAAGCUGCUGCGGUGCGGCGCGCGCGUCCUGGCGACGACCCGCUUCCCGGUGGAUGCGGCGGCGCGCUUCGCGGCGCUGCCCGACUUUGACCGCUGGUCGGCCAACCUGCAGAUCUUCGGGCUCGACUUGCGCGACCUCGAGGCGCUCGAGCGCUUUUGCGACUUUCUGGACGCCACCGAGGCGCACCUGUCCGACAUCGUCAACAACGCGUGCCAGACAAUCCGCAGGCCGGCGCAGUACUACCGCCACCUGAUCGAGAAGGAGCUGGCGCCGCACGAGGCUCCCGCCGACCACCGCCGCUGCCUGGCCCUCCACGAAGCUUGCUUUGGCGCCGCCGCCGCCCUCGCUGCGCCCGCCUCGAAGCAGCUACUCGCGCCGCUGGCGGCGCCGCCGCAGCGCUCGCAGGGCGAGCUGUCGCAAGGCGUGCCGCAGGGAGGCCGGCUAGUCGGCGCGCCCGCCGACGGCGCUGGCUCGGCCGCGCCGGCAGCGGCCGUCCCAUCGGCGCUCUGGUCGCAGCUCCCUGUCUGGGGCGCGCCGGCGGACGGGGGAGAGGCGGGCGAGGCGGGUGAGGCGGGCGGGGAGGAGGCGGCGGCGCUGUUUCCGGCGGGGGCGCACGACGUGAAUGGGCAGCAGCUGGACCUGCGGACGACCAACAGCUGGCUGCUCCGCUUGGGGCAGGUGCUCGCAAUCAACACCCUCGCGCCCUUCAUCCUCAACAGCCGGCUCCGCGCGCUGUUGCAGCGCUCGCCCGUCGCCGCGCGGCAGGUCGUCAACGUGUCUGCGAUGGAGGGCAAGUUUUACCGGUACAAGACGGCCAACCACCCGCACACCAACAUGGCCAAGGCGGCGCUCAACAUGAUGACGCGAACCUGCGCCGAGGAGCUCGCCGCGAACGGCGUCUACAUGAACUCGAUCGACACCGGCUGGAUCAACGACGAGAACCCGCUGCAGCGUGCGGCGCGCACGGCCGAGAAGCACCACUUCCAGACGCCGCUCGACGAGGUUGACGCCGCGGCGCGCAUCCUCGACCCGAUCCUCUCGGCGGCCAACGGCGAGCCGCCCGUGUACGGCCGCUUCGUGAAGGACUACCAGCCGUGCGAGUGGUGCCUCCCGUCGCGCCUCUGCGCCUUGAGCGCCUUUGCGCGCCUCCGCUCCGCCGCCAGCCGCGACCGCUCCGCGUGCGCGUGCGCGAUGGCCUUCGCGAAGAUGGCCGGGUCGUCGAGCGCCCCCUCCGCCGUCAUCGCCCCGUCUGCUCCCGUGAGCAGCAGUGAAUCGACUAGCUCCGCGCCGCUGCGCACGUUGCCAUUCGUGACGACCGGGACGGAGAGCCUCUGCUUGAUGAGGGCGACCUGGUCGAGGUGCGCCGGCCCGUCCCGCCGGCGCAUCGGAGAGCCGCGGUAG